CGUUUUGUUUUGACCGCAGUAGCCGCCGUCAAUAACAACCGACCAUUUUCCGGCGGCGCCAUUAAUGUCUGGCGCAGAAGAAGACUCCGCCAAUCCGUUGCGGUGGCCAUUUCAAUUCUUCGUCCGUACGGUGUCAACGGGGUCCAGCAUGGUGAUGACUGGUUACCCGGAAGAGUCCGUGAAGUCUGUCCUUGGGAAGAUCGCGUGGGUGACGGGAAUGCCGCUGAGAGAACUAAGAGUGAUAUACAAGGGAAAGCAACUUCAAUUGGAGAAGACUCUGGUGGAGUCCGGCAUCGAGAACGAUUCCAAUCUCAACAUUGUUGGUCACUUGCGCAGCGGAUUGUACCCCGCGGCGUCACGCCCUAUCGACUACGUGCUAUCCCUGCUUGCGCACGUGUUUACCAGCAACACACGGAGCGCGUGUGCGGCCUUGACGACCGUGAAGGUUCUCACCAUGCGCAGUGUAGUGUGGAGAAGGAUGAUGAUCAGUUGCUUGAGGAAGAAGUUGAUUAUCUUCGGCUUGUGUUUAUUCGGUUGUUGAGCAAAAUGGAUGAGUGUUUUCGCUUCAUUGCGGAAUGCUUGGCGAGCAAGGAAUCUGGUGGGAGGGGUUUUGUUCUCAAUGACUCAUGGUCUGAGUAUCUUCGUAUCUUGAAGGAUUUGUAUGAUACUUCUAAGGUCUUCGAUGGUGCAGAGGAAAUGUUUUGGACAGUUUUGAGGUUUCAUAAGAAUAUGCUGUCUGCGCUUGUUGUUGCGUUUGUGAAGAGAGGUGGUGAUCAUCGGUGGGUUCUUGAUAACAAGGGUGUGACCAAUUUUGAGUGUAGAAGGCACUUGGCGAUGAUUCUGUUCCCUGCUGUCGAGGAAGACUUUGACAUGCUUCAUGAGAUGCUUAUUGACAGGUCUCAGGUACUGGCGGAGUCCUUUGAGUACAUAGGACGAGCGAAGCCGGAGUCUCUGCGUUCUGGUCUGUUUAUGGAAUUCAAAAACGAGAAAGCUACAGGACCGGGUGUGUUACGGGAGUGGUUUGUUCUGGUGUCUCGAGAAAUAUUUGAUUCACGACAUGCUCUUUUUGUGUCUUGCCCGAAUGACUGUAGGAGAUUUUAUCCGAAUCCUGCAUCUAAGGUACAUCCUCGACACCUUGAGUACUUUAGGUUCGCUGGUCGGGUUAUUGCAUUGGCUUUGUUGGAAAGGGUGCAAGUUGGUAUUGUUUUUGAUCGUGUAUUUUUCGCGCAAUUGGCUGGAAUUCGUGUUAGCUUAGAAGAUAUACGGGAUGCAGAUCCUUGCUUGUAUAGAAGCUGCAAGCAAAUAUUAGAGAUGGAUGCUGAUUUUAUUGACUCGGAUGCAUUGGGACUGACAUUUGUUAGAGAGUUGGAGGAAUUAGGAUGCAGGGAAGUUGUCGAGCUUUGUCCUGGAGGGAAAAACAUUGAAUUUAAUAGUCAGAACAGGGAGCACUAUGUUGAUCUUCUUAUACAGCAUUGUUUUGUAACAUCCAUAUCUGAGCAGGUAGCAAACUUUGCCCAGGGUUUAGCUGAUAUUCUUUCCAGCUCAAAGCUUCAACAGUUCUUCCAAUGUUUAGAGCUGGAAGAUCUUGAUUGGAUGCUGUAUGGGAGUGAAAAUACAAUCUCUAUCGAAGAUUGGAAGGCACAUACCGUGUACAAGGACUAUAAAGAGUCUGAUUGUCAGAUAUCCUGGUUUUGGGAGGUGUGUAGGUUAUACUGGUCUUCCCUUUUUUUCUUCUUUUCAUAA